UGAAAAUAAUAUCGAAGUGCAAACGGCCUCAACAGGUUCCUAAAUAAACCUUUCCUCAUAUGUUUUAUGUACUUUUUAAAAUAUGCGUGAUUUGAACGGAAAUAUCUCAUACAUUCUGCACUGCAGUUUAUCAACCAAGGAACAGACUUCACUUUAGACAAAAGUUCCUCCCGACUCAAUUGCCAUGGACAAGGAUGCGGCGUUGUACGAAGGAAAUGUAAUAUUCCGAAACCAGCCGUCGUACAAGGUGUUUAAUAAAUCCUUCGAGCACGUGGACGAUGCGCUGUACACAUUGCUGAACGAGGUGGAGCCAGAUGUGCUGCGAAUGGAGCUCCAGGAAACGGGCGAUGUCUUUAAAUCGUUCAAUCGCAACACGGCCUUGAGGGAUCCGCGCAACAACGAGGUGCCAGCGAAACCGAUUCGCGACCACACCACCGCCAGUUCGCUUUACAGCUUUCCCAAUCCCCUGGAGCAGUACUCGGAGCUGAAUCUUAAGCAGCAGGCCGCCUGCAUGCGAGUGCUCCUAGCCUGGCAACGCAGUCAACCCGUCGAUGAGCAGGACUUUGUGGUGUGGAAGGCCACGGAAAAGAAGCGAUGCAACGAGCAGCAGCGUGUGCAGAAAUAUAUACACGACCACGAGCACGGACGCAAGGAAGUCAUCUACGCGCCCAUGAAGAGCCUGGUGGCGGUCUACAGGAAGUGGUACGAGCUGGGUGUUAAGAAACUUCAACAAACCCAUCCCAACGACUCGUAUAUGACCUUCUCCGGGCUGCCACAGCUGCCCCAGUGCAAGAGUCUCAAUUCUCAGACCGCCAGCAUAGAGCAGGUGGAGCUGGAGCGGAUUGUGGGUCGGGUAAGACUCUGGCCAGAGGUGGAGGUCCGCCAUGAAGCCUUGCGGACAUUACGUCUGCGCUUGGAUCGCUACGCGACGAGAGAAUCAAGGGAGCCUGUGCAGCUUUUGCGGGAGGAAGACAAGGAACUGGAACUCGAAGCUGGCAACGUCUUCGUGCUGCCCCUAGACUCGCUGUUAAUGCUCCUUACCACCGGAUCCUAUAUUGACCUGCCCACCGAAAUGUUUGUCAGCCUAAGAGAAUCGCCAAACAGCAAGCACAAGUGCAUGGAGUUCCAGAAGCCAUUCCCCGCCCGCAACUGUGGUUGGCAUACGAACAGUUUGAUCUUGAAGCUGGCUUAUGGAGCCUACAUUUCACAGCCCGGGCAAGCCAAGUGGCUGGAUUUCAACAUAAAUGGAGAAGUCAAGGAGGUGCCAGAUGAGCCUGCCUGUGAUAAGUCAUCCAUCGAUCUGCAGAUGGUCUACAAGCCUCGCGCAAUCGAUCAGCAAUCAUCAGACAUUGUAGAUGGCAACUGCAAUAGCGCCUUGGUUAGUUGGACCCUCAGAAGUAAAGGCGAAGGGGAUGAGUGCAGCGAUUUUCAAAUCUUCAGCACACUAUCCAUACCAGCAGUCAAGGAUUCCAACGGCAAGGAACCACUUGGAUGCCACUUCAUAAAGCUAGAGAACAAGCCAGACUGCGGUUGCGAAAUAAUGUCCAAAUACGAGUUGAUAAGCGCCUGGGUGCAGUUAAAGCUACUGCGGGCGGAGAUGGGACACUGCACACGCAUCUCGCUCCGGGAUUUUGAGCCAAUGCUGGAGGAGAAGCUGACGUUAAUGUCGCUGGAGCAGCAGCUUCAUGACUAUUAUAACACAAGUAUGCCGCAGCUACUGUCCAACUUGUGUGAGUUUUUGAAGCUGCUGGACACGGUACCCGCUGGAGAUUACCUGCUGCGAUACUCACCCAAGUACAAGGAUAAGUUCCUUCUGUGCAUUGUCACCAAGGAGGCCACGCCCCAGAGUUUUCAGCUGCACCAGCUCCUUACGGAAUCCACUCCCAGCGACCAAGCCUUCCUUACGCAAAGCAGCUACCUUCCGAUCUCGCCCACUCUUUGUGGCCGCCUGCACGAGGAGCUCCAGCUACUGCCCUGUGCAUUUACAGCAAAGGCCAACGGUCACUCUGUCCAGCGUCGAAAGGUGGUGGCGACCAUACCAGAGCCCUCUAGACAAGCUCCAGUAAGACGGCAACCUUUAAAAAAGUGGAGCGAAACCCAAACUCGAGAAUUCCGACGCAAAUGUAAGGCGGAUCAAAAGAAAAGAGCCCGGGCUCGCAAAGUAGCAGCUGCCAAUGAAGAAAAGAUAGAGCUGGACAAGAUUAUGACGUUGUAAAAACCAGCUCAAUGAAGCUGGGUUCGGAAAAAUCGAAUUUUUGAAAUUUAAAAGCUGGAAUCGUUUGCCCAUUUUUUGCCCAUGUUUGCCCACCAAUUAGUUUUUUUUGCCCACGUCCAGU